ACUAACAAAAACACAUAAAAUUAUGCUGGCCAUGUCAACACUCAUGAUGCCAGCACCUACCAUAGCCAUGGGUGCAGCACCACCACCGCCACCCUCUCAAAUAACAAUGGGUCCUCAUAAGCCACCGGAAACUAAACUCUUAGCCAUACAUCCGGCUGCUGCUGCAGCAGCUGCGGCGGCAGCUCAUGCUCAACAUCAUCAUCAGCAACAACAUCCGGCUCAUAUGCAGCAACAUAAUGGUCAACAUACUCAGCAACAGCAACAACAACAGCAGCAAAUGAUUGCCACACAUCAUCAACAGCAACAACACUAUCAACAGCAACAACAAACGGAGCGUCUUUUUCAGCAACAACAGUUAUCAACUGCUUCUAAACCAGAACAGUUUCAUAUUUUUGUGGGUGAUUUAAGUGCAGAAAUUGAAACCCAGCAAUUAAAAGAUGCCUUUGCACCCUUUGGAGAAAUAUCAGACUGCAGAGUUGUUCGAGAUCCUCAGACACUGAAAUCGAAAGGUUAUGGUUUUGUGUCGUUUAUUAAAAAAUCGAACCAUUAA